AUGAAGCCUGGGUGGAAUCUACUCUUUUUGAUCUUAGUUACUGUCAGAGUUGUUCUCUCUUUGGAGCAUUGUCCAUCUCAUUGCCAGUGUGAUUGGGACAUCCUUAGCGUGUCAUGUUUUGGAGCUCAGGUCAUGCCUGUUUUUCCAUCCAGCACGCAGGAGCUGUGGCUUGUUGGUACAAAACUUUUUUCUAUUCCUCAGAAUGUCUUUGCCAACUUGGCCAACAUUUCUCGCAUAUACAUCUCUGAUGAUGACACUUUAAGAUGUCUUGAGAGGCAUUCUUUCUACAACCUGUCCAGACUCACGCACAUUCAACUAACUGGAAUCAAAACGCUGUCAUACAUUGACCCAGAGGCCUUUAAGGAUCUGCCCAAUUUAAAAUACCUUGGGAUCACAAACACAGGGCUCACCUCCUUUCCAGUACUACACUAUAUUCAGUCCAGCCAAGAGGAUUUUAUUUUGGAGAUAGUGGAGAAUGUCUUCAUACAAGUCAUCCCCCCUAACUCUUUUAAUGGAAUAUCUGUGAAUGCUCUGACUAUCAUGCUGAAUAGCAAUGGAGUGAAAGACAUCCAGCACUAUGCUUUCAAUGGGAGCAGACUGGAGGAAGUGUACCUUCACAGGAAUGUGGAUUUGGAGCGAAUAGAUGAAUUUGCAUUUUAUGGUGUUAUUCACGGCCCAACCCACUUAGACCUCUCAGAAACCAAAGUACGUUCUCUGCCUUCAAUAGGUAUGGAGACCAUUGAAAAUCUGCAAGCUAAAAACACAUGGGACCUCAAAGUAUUGCCUCCCAUUCGAGCCUUUCCCCACUUACAGAGAGCUGAAUUGACCUUUCCAAGCCAUUGCUGUGGUCUAAACAUGCUGAAAAGAUGGAGAGGGCACUCAGAGGCAGUAAUCUGCAACCUGACCUGGGCUGCUUCAGGAAAGCUGCAGGAAUCCUCUGAAGCUCUCUCUCAGAAGUAUCUGCAACACAAAAUCUCACAAUAUCUCAAAGAAAGCUUUGGUACCCUAGCUGCUGGCAGUGGGACUCACAAACCCAACAACAAUAGCAUCCUAUGCCCAACAAAACCAUUUCAGAGUGAUGGAUUGUUUUACGUGGAUUUAUCCACAGAGCCUGUCAGUGAAGGUUUUGACUUUGCACUGUGUAAUGAACGUCUCGCAGAUGAUGAACUCUUGUGCACACCUCUGCCUGAUGCACUGAACCCGUGUGAGGAUGUAAUGAGUCAUGGCUUUCUGAGGGUUUUGGUCUGGGUCGUCAGUUUGUUAGCCAUUUCAGCCAAUCUUCUUGUGCUGUUUAUCCUGCUGACCAGUCAACAGAAGUUGUCCGUUACCCGUUUCCUUAUGGGUCAGCUGGCAUUUGCAGACUGCUGUAUGGGGAUGUACUUAAUGCUUAUUGCAUCUGUUGACUUCUACACACGCUCCCAUUAUUACCAUUAUGCUAUUGCCUGGCAGACAGGAAGUGGCUGUAAUCUAGCGGGGACAUUAUCCGUGUUUGCUAGCGAGCUGUCAGUUUACACGCUGACCUUAAUCAGCCUCCAGCGCUGGCAUGCCAUCUUCUAUGCAAUGAGGCCGGACAGAAAGAUGAGGUUACGCCAUGCAGCUGUGCUGAUGCUUGUCGGCUGGUUGUUGUGUGUGAUGUUAGCACUGCUGCCAGUGGUUGGUGUGAGCAGUUACCAGAAAGUGAGCAUCUGCUUACCUAUGGACACUGAGACAACAGCUGCUCGGGCCUAUAUUGUUACUGUCCUGAUGGUUAAUGUUGUUGCUUUUAUAGUGGUGUGCCUUUGUUACAUCCACAUCUACUGUAUAGUGCACAACCCACAGCAUGACUCCAGUAGAUGUGACACCAACAUGGCCAAACGUAUGGCUGUUCUCGUUUUUACCAACUUCCUGUGUCUGGCUCCCAUUUCUUUCUACGGCUUGUCUGCAGCUCUGCACCAACCCCUUAUGACUAUCACUGACUCCAAGGUGCUGUUGGUGUUUUUUUAUCCUCUCAACGCUUGCGCACACCCAUUCUUUUAUGCUAUUCUCACAAAGGCAUUCCACAGAGACAUCCUGAUGUUGCUGAGCCGGAUGGGGCUGUGCCAGCGACAAGCACACCUCUAUAAAAGUCAGCUCGUCAGUAUUACUCCUGGCAUAUACAGACAAACAAUGUCUGCAGGGAAGACCAGCCACGACAUCCCAAAACGUACAGGAAUCACCAGGCUACAUAGCUGGCUUUUUAAAUGCGACUGAGUCAUUUUCUGAAACAUAUGUCGAUCACGUGGUUCAAAUUGUACAAUGUUUACAUACAGUGUAAGUUACCUGGUACUGCCGAUUCAUUAAAAAGUUCUGUUAGCAGUUUUAAGACCAUCAUUGCUAGUCUUAUAUUUGCCUACUUGUGGGACCACAGCAGG